CUUCCCAUUUUUGUUAUGCAAACUUCCUUUUUUGGGUUUUUCGCGCUGCCGCGAAAUAAAAUUUAGGGUUUUCCGUGUAAAACUUUUCGCGCGGCCCUCUUCUCUCAAAACCCUCGCCCCUCUCUCUCUCCUGCCUUCUCACAAUACUUCAUCCUCUUCAAACGAGGAUCCAUUUGCAGGCUUUCAUCUUCUUCAACAAGGAAUAUUUGGGUUUUUGAGCCGGACUUCGAGUUCUUGGAGAUUUCUGAAUAUUGAGCUGUAUUUUGGCUGUAUUUUAGAGUAUUAGAGUUAGGGUUUUUGAUACUGUGAGGAGCCAUGGGUACCGAAAGAGCAGCGGGUGGAUGGAGUGAUAUAGUAAAGAAGGGCAGUGGUAUGAGGAAGCAAGGGGAGAUUGAUAGGGUUUUGGAGGACUGUAAAUCAAGUAAAGGGAUAAGCAUCGCUGUUAUCGAUGCUAAUGCUAUGAUUUCUGGUGGAGAAAAGCUCUCUAAUUGUGCAGAGAAGUUUGUUUCAAUAAAGGAGGCUUUGGAGGAGAUAAGAGACCCUGUUUCUCGUCACAAGAUUUCAUUUUUGCCCUUCACUGUAGAAACUAUGGAGCCUUCCGAGGAAUCACUGAAAAAAGUUGUGAGCUUUGCAAGGACAACUGGAGAUUUACAGACUCUUUCUGAUGUCGAUCUAAAACUCAUUGCUUUGUCAUAUACUCUGGAAGCCCGGAUUCAUGGGACUGCACAUCUUAGAGAUGUUCCUCCUCCUGUACAUGUAGUGAAUGUUUCACGAUUACCUGAGAAAGACAUGCCUGGGUGGGGUUCAAAUGUGCCUAAUUUGGAGGAGUGGGAAGCUCUUGAACAUGCUGUAGAAGGCAACUUGAAUGAGAAUUCAAGGAUUUUGCCAUUAAAAAACUUGACUUUGAAUGUACCACCUGCAAGUGAAUGUGUUUGUUCAGAAGAUAAUUCACCAAAAAUCACCAAUGAAGCUCAAUGUGAGAGUUUAGAGGAAUCAGGUCAAGGUCAUAGGAAGCAUAUAAGAUUUCCCCCUAAGAAGAUCGUUACUAUUGAGGGGAAGAAGAUGGUAGCUGAUGGAAUUGAUGCUUCUAAAGGAGAAGUGGAUGAGAAUGAUGAGUGGUACCCAGCUGUAAGCAGGAGCACACAUAGGAGGUAUCUGAGAAGAAAAGCGAGACGUGAGGCCUUGGGAAGUUGUGAUCAUCCAGAGAUAGAGGGAAAUAUGGAUGAGGAAGUUACACUGGAUGACACUAAUAUUGUUUCAAAAAAUGCUGUACUUGACAACACUAAGGCUCUUCAGGGUGCUUCUUUUGAGGAACCUCAUUUGGUGAACAAAUCUUCCAGUGAAGCUGCUUGUGCUGAGAUACAAAAUGGACAAAUUGGAGAUGGCGUUUUAGAUCAGGAGGAAGAUUUGGAUUCUAUGAUGGGUCAUGAUGAAUUAUUAGGUGAGGGGUGUGUUGAUGAGGUUAACAAUUUCGAGAAAGAUGGAGAUGAUGUUGAAGUUUGUACUAUAGGAUUGGACCAUCUUGAGAUAAUGAGUCAAUUUGAUGGCAGUGAAAGCAUUAAUGCAUCUCAAGUGGAAGAUAGUAGCAGUGAGCAAAGUUGGAUGUUGCGUUCUUUGUCCGACUCAAGUGUGGCAUGUGUCACAAGUGACUAUGCAAUGCAAAAUGUUCUUCUCCAGAUGGGUCUUCGUCUUUUGACUCCGACUGGGAUGCAAAUACGUCAGCUCCACAGGUGGGUUUUGAAGUGUCAUGCUUGUAAUAGAGUGACUGCAGAAAUUGGAAGGAUAUUUUGCCCAAAAUGUGGCAAUGGUGGGACUUUACGCAAGGUUGCUGUUACUGUUGGUGAGAGUGGUGUUGUUCAAGCAGCUCGACGGCCACGUAUUAUACUCCGAGGCACAAAAUUUUCGCUUCCUUCGCCUCAAGGUGGGAGGGAUGCCAUAACUAAGAAUCCUAUAUUACGUGAAGAUCAACUUCCCCACAAGCUCCUUUACCCAAAAUUGAAGAAGAAACCCGCAAAUAAGGGGUUGGAUAUUCUGAGUUCAGAUGAUGUAAUAUUUCAUAGUGCCGACAAAAGAGCUUCAUUGAAGCCUCCUGUGAGAAAAGCCGUGGCACUUUUCAGCGGCAAACGGAAUCCCAAUGACAACCAUUUCUCACGCGGUAAGAAAUAAAUGUCAUUUAUGCUCUUCAGAAAGAAAUACAAGUCUGUCACUUUGUAGUGGCUUUUUCUGUAAAUUUUUUAUUUUUGUUGAGUGAAAACAAAUGAGGAGUACUGUCCUUUCAAAAUUUUGGUGAUUCCAUUUGUGACCAUGUCACUAGAACAAUACAAUUUUGAGCAUUCCUUCCUUCACACA